GACCUCCGUGAAUUGGAUCGAUUGAUUUUGUAUUCCUGACUUUUUCAGUGUUAAUAAGUGUCGAUCUCUUGUCAGUAUUCGUCGGAUCAAAAUCAAUGCUUAUGUUGGAAAAUUAGUCAAAUAGAAAAAUAAAAAAUAAAAAUCCGUGUGUAGAUGGCUAAUUUUUAGUUGAAUUUUGUUAUAUCAUGAAUUUUUAAAUUUGUGAGAGCGUAUAGCGAACGAAAAAAAAAAUAUAAAGCGCGGCUCCUCGAAUGUUCCACCUUCAGCUCGAUACAUUCCGAACUUCAUAACCGAAGAGGAGGAACGAGAUAUUAUAAAAAGAGUGAAUGAUGCACCUCAACCUAAAUGGACGCAAUUAAGCCACCGGAGACUGCAAAAUUGGGGUGGAAUACCCCAUCCUAAGGGCAUGAUAGCCGAACAAAUACCGAAUGUAUGAAAUGAAUUUUUCAUCUUCGCUUUACUUCUCCAAACUUCAUGCUUCAAGAAAAUGGCUCCAAACAUACGUGGACAAAAUAGGAAGACUGAAUAUUUUUGAGAGUACAAAAUUGCCAAAUCAUGUGUUGAUAAAUGAAUAUUUACCAGGUCAAGGAAUAAUGGGACAUUCGGAUGGGCCUCUUUUCCAUCCAAUAGUAACAACGAUCAGCUGCGGAUCGCAUACGCUACUGGAAUUCGUCAAACGUUUGGAAACAGAAGAUGAACACAAGAAAGUCACAGAGCCAGAAUUUAGUUUUUUAUUGGAACCCAGAAGUCUUUUGGUCUUGCAGGAAAAUCUGUAUCACGAUUAUUUACAUUCAAUAGCUGAACGUGACACCGAUAUCAUUUCAAGUCAAAAGACAAAAAAUUUAAACCUUUGUUCCGGCAAUUACCACAAUGGGGAUGUCCUUGAACGAGGGACGAGACUUUCUCUAACUAUCAGACAUGUGCCAAAGACUAGCAAACUUAAGAUCAAGUUGGGAAGAUGACCAAAUUAAUAUUAAGAAUUUUAUAUUUCAUUUUUUUAUGUUUUACAAAUAAAAUUUAAUGAAUGACUGUAUUAUUAAUGAAAAAUGAAGCCAAUAAAUGAAUUUGAUUGGAGGUAA